GACCCACAGGAUCACCAUCACUUUAGCAGCUAGCAAUCUAAACUGUUAGCUAUUAGAUAAUCAUCUUUGAGAAGCUCCCAUGGCUGAUAAUUCUGCUUGCAAUCCCGAGCUCGUUCUUGCUCAUAAAUUCAGCGAGAAAACAUUCACUUAUACAGAGAGAGAUGUAGCUCUCUAUGCUUUGGGUGUCGGAGCAUGUGGUCGGGACGCCGUUGAUACCGAUGAACUUAAAUACGUUUACCAUGAAAACGGACAGCAGUUCAUCAAGGUUUUGCCAACAUUUUCUACUUUAUUUUCACUUGGAGUUAUGUCACAACUUAGUGAUGUGCCUAGCUUAUGUUUUGAUAAACGUCUUCUGUUGCAUGGACAACAAUACAUAGAAAUAUACAAGCCUUUUCCUGCAAAUGGCACUAUACACAACAAAGUAACUUUAGCAGGAUUGCAUGAUAAAGGUAAAGCCUCAGUGUUUGAGCUUGAAACCAGAAGUUAUGAGAAAGAGUCCGGUGAACUAUUAAGCAUGAACCGGAUUAGUGUUUUCCUACGGGGUGCUGGUGGCUUCUCGGAUCCAUCUAAGCUCUUCACAUACUCAAACUAUCCGGUCAACCAGACUUAUAUGAGAAUCCCAACAACUCAGCCUUUCGCGAUAUUUGAGGAUUGUUCCCAACCAUCUCAGGCAUUAUUGUAUAGGUUAUCCGGUGACUACAAUCCUCUCCAUUCAGAUCCCAUGGUUGGGAAAGCAGCAGGAUUCUCAAGGCCAAUUUUGCAUGGAUUAUGCACCCUUGGGUUUGCAGCACGAGCUAUCAUCAAAUGUAUUUGCAGGGGAGAUCCAGACAUGAUCAAAAGCAUAUUUGCACGAUUCCUUUUACACGUGUAUCCCGGUGAGGCAUUGAUAACUGAGAUGUGGCUCGAAGACUUGAAGGUCGUAUAUCAGGUAAAGGUGAAAGAAAGGAAUCGAGCAGUGUUGGCAGGCUAUGUUCAACUCCAUCGAUUAGCAACUUCAGUGCUAUAAAUGAGCUUUAUAUGUUCAAGUACUGCUUCAAAUUGCAAGCCUCAUAAAUCCGAAAAUAAAAGUUUUAACUUUGAAACUUAUUGAACAUAAUAGACUGAUAGCAUUUGAGAAUGUAAUGUAAUAAAUGCAAGCAGCUUAAUUGUGUUUGUUU